GACGCGAUGCUGGAGAAAUAACAACCAAGUGCGAAAUGGUGUUAGUGUGAAAAGCGUUAAUUGAAACGCAAUCCCGUUGGUUUUCCGUAUCACCGUUGUGUGUACGUCUCACAUACACAAAACCGCACAUAGAUAAUUCGGGAUUGUUUUUUUAUAUAAAUAUAUCUCCGCGCCGAGAGAUAAUUUUUCUAUAGGUAUAAUAACUCCUGUCGUAAACAUCUGGACGCUCGCUCACGGUUGCGCGCGCAUCGCAGGCACGAAGCAGCAUGGAGGUAGAAUUCUGACUUACGGAUGACAUGAGGGUCAUGUAGUAGUAAAAACGACGACGAAACACGCACAGAUCAACAUCCAUCGACACGCCGUCGUUAUUGAACUUUAGAACCUUGCACUUUGAUCACAUCAUUGGCACCGAGCACAGUUAUUUUUCUUCGCAUUUCGGUUCCUUUAUUCGUCAGAGAUGCUAAAUUAGGUAUAGAAACAGAAAGAGAGAGAGAGAAAGAGAGAGAGUAUUUAUGUUUUUUUUUGUAACAUCUACAAUUCAAUAUAUAUUGGAACCAUGGGAGUGCUCACUUCUGUGAAACAAUCGUCAGUGAUACAUCUUAUGUUUGCCAUUACAUUUUUUACGUCCGGCUUAAUAAUCAACUUCUUCCAAUGCAUUUUAUAUUUUGGAUUAAGGCCUUUUUCCAAGUAUCUUUAUCGCAAGAUUAACUACUAUCUUUGCUACUCCUUUUAUUGUCAGUUAGUAUUUAUGGCCGAAUGGUGGUCCGGAUCGGAUUUAAUAUUGUACAUUGAUAAGAAUGACUUCGAGAAAUAUUACGGUAACGAGCACGGCUAUCUUCUGAUGAACCACAGUUACGAGACGGACUGGUUAAUAGGUUGGUUAUUGUGCGAUCGCGUGAGACUGUUGGGCAAUUGCAAAUCUUAUGCAAAAAAAUCGAUACAAUAUAUUCCAACAUUGGGAUGGGCGUGGAAAUUCGCCGAGAGCAUUUUCCUCGAAAGAAGUUGGGACAAGGACAGAGAGAAAAUCAGGACUCAGAUCACAGAGCUGAUCGAAUAUCCCGACACGAUGUGGCUACUGCUCUAUCCCGAAGGUACGCGAUUCACGCCAAAGAAACUGGAAGCCAGUCAGAAAUUCGCCAUAGAGAAGGGUCUACCAGUGUUGAAUUAUCACUUAACGCCACGUACGAAGGGUUUCACCGCCAGCAUUCCGCUUAUGAGAGGUAAACCGGCCGCUAUUUACGACAUUCAAAUAGCAUUUAAGCCGUCUGAUCCGGUAAAGCCAACCAUGAUGAAUCUCCUCCUUGGAAAGCCUCUGGAAGGUCACAUGUACGCUAAAAGAAUUCCUAUUGAGGAAGUACCUGAGGGAGACGAGGCGGCUGCCGAAUGGCUGCAGAAACUCUUUCAACAGAAGGAUCGUAUGACGGAGAGUUUCUAUAAGACAGGCGAUUUUUUUGCCACGAGCGGAGUGCCUAGGACAGAGUCGUUCAAGCUGAAAAGAAGAUAUUAUUCCCUCAUUAAUACCAUAUUCUGGGCGGUAGUUGUCCUCGUACCAAUGCUGUAUUAUCUUCUAAGGCUUCUUUUGUCCGGCUCGAUCUUCUACUUUUCCAUCGGAGUCGCAAUUAUCUUUUUAUUUUAUCUGCUAAUGUACAAAACCCUCGGGAUGUCGGAGAUAAGCAAGGCCUCGUCGUACGGAGCGGGGAAUACGGCCGAGGCGAAGAAGAGCAAAUAAUUUCCGAGCGACGUCUGAAUGAAAGAUGACUUCCGUUAAAAGUGUCAAAGAUACUGAAGAAAUAUGAUAAUUCAGGCGGUUCACACAGAACAGGAGAGAUGCAAAACUUUAAGAAUAAUUUAAGCAGAUACGUAUACAUUUAAUUUUUGUGUUUCUGUGCAAUCCACAAUCAGUGGACGAGAACGUGUUUUACCGUAUGAAUCAUUGAACUUUAUUAAUGGUGGAAUGCGCUUCUUCAUACAAAUCCCCUGUUCCCCACAUUAAUGUGACGCGAGAGAAUGAUCGAGUGUAUGUGCACCACGUGCUUUCUGUCCCCCGCAAAUUGUUUCGAGCAUUCUGAUAUAAGUAGAGUUCAGUGGAUCACCAUGGAUCAAAUCCAAAUUAUACAUAGAUACAUACGAAGUGCUUACAUACAUAAAUAAAUGUAUGUAAGCAUAUAUACAGUAUGUGUACAUAUAUAUAUAUAUA